AUGGAACCUAACGUGCCACCAGUGAUAGCGAAGAGAAUAUGGAGCAUGGUACGUGUAGCUUUCUUCAUGUUGCGAAAAGGCAUAUCCAAGAGAAAGCUAAUGCUCGACCUCAACAUGAUGAUGAAGCGUGGCAAGAUCGCCGGAAAAGCUAUCACCAACCUCAUGUUCAACCACAACCACCACCACCACGCCGCGUCCUCCGCCCCGCGCGAGUACGAGUUCAGCUGCAGCAACACCCCCCACUACACCUUCCACCUCAGCAAUAAGCGCCGCCACCACAGCCACAACAACCAUCACCAAAGCCACUUCUUCGCGUGCGCCCACGCGCCGGCGACCCUAGACGACGACUUAGCUACUAUGAAUGCUGUUAAGGCGGUGCUGAUGGAGAUGUUGAACAACGAAGCGGCGGUGGAGGCAUCGCCGGCACUCCCUGGCUUCGGACGGAGCCCCAUGGUGAGGCAGCUGAGGAUAACGGACUCGCCUUUCCCGUUGAGGGAAGCCGACGAGGACCCCCACGUAGACAAGGCUGCCGAGGAGUUCAUAGAGAGGUUUUACAAGCAGUUGAGGCAGCAGAAGUGA